AUGAUCAUGCUCAUCGAUCUCCACGAGCGACCUUCUAGCCCCGAGGCUCCCAAAUCUCGUGCAUUCAUCGACAAGAUCUUCUCACUGACAGGCCCGGACGGAGGUGUUGUCGGCGGCGAGGACGGCAUCUCUACUCAACGACCCUUGAAGGAUGGCGGCCGUGAAGCCUGGGAUAUGAUACGCAGGCUACGCCAAAAUGCAUGGCAAAAAGCCGGUCUUGACCCACAGAAGCUCUGGACCGAACAAGCGCAAGUACAAGCAGGAGUCGCCGCUGCGCCUGACGAAUAUCCUUGCGCUAGUGACCCCUACUACGCCAACAAUGCCGGCUCGCCCCCCGUCUCGUCACUGUCAUCUCGACGGCAACUCUCCGAUUUCUCAAAGAUGUUCUACAACAUGACUCGGUCUCAUGUGCUCCCCAAUCCCGCGUCUUCACUACGACCCAGCCCUCUUCGAAACCAACUCCCUCCGCCCACCAACACUCCGCACGUCCCCACAACGCCUCCCUCAGCAUCUACUCCGCCGUUCCCCCAAACCCCUGCCACAAACUCAAACCCUCGUUCUAUCGACACCGCUCUAGCGACAUCUCCUCUCACCUCUCAAAUCCUCCCGCCCCUCAACAACGUCCCCGUCCCCACCCCCGUUCCUCAAUCCCAAUACGCCCCAUCUGCCAGCGCGCCAUCCCCAUCCCCGUCCACCCUCCUCCCCUUCAUGGACACCGCCUCACCUUCCGCCCAGCAGCCUCCUAUGGCCGCCGUCCCGACCCCGCCGUCAAUGGUCGACCCGAACCUGAAUUUCGACUGGGACCAAUGGGACGCCGUCUUCGGCCAGCAUCUCCCCGUGGCAGACGAACUCAUGGAACUGGACCCCGUGUCGGGAUUCGAGUUUGGAGACCUUGGCAGCUUAAGAGGGCCGGGGAGUAGUCAGGCUGGUGGUGGUGGGAGCGAGGAGACCUCGAUCCCGAUGGAUGAUGUGAAGGGUCCGGAUUGGUAUGGAUAUUGUUGA